AUGGAACGUGUGGAAGAAGGUGGCCCACAUGCAUAUACCUUAGUAAAGGAACGCAAACAACCAAAAUCUGUUCCAACGAGAACGAAGAACCCAAAAAAACAGGGCGUUGGUCGUCGCCGUGCUGGUCACCGUAGUGUGGGUCGCCGCAUGAUUAUUGAUAUCCAUUUAGAAGUUAUAGACGAAUGUCAAAAAGGGGAUCUGCAUUCGACGAAUGAAGAGUUUUUUGAAAUUCUUGUUCAAGAAUUUAUGGGAAGUGAAUUCAUAAAAGAAGAAAAUGUUCCUAAGGAACAGGUUCGAAGUUCAGAUUCCGGGUUUAGGGAGGAAGGCUUUCUUUCUAUGGUUCCAAGUUCAGAUUCCGGGUUUAGGGAAGAAGACUUUGUCCUUAAGGAAGAUGUUCCUAAGGAAGGUGUUCCUAAAGAACAGCGUUUAGGGAAGAAGACUUUGUUCUUGAAGGAUGUGAUCCUAUGGAAGAUGUUCCUAAGGAACGGGUUCCAAGUUCAGGUGCCGGGUUUAGGGAAGGAAGACUUUAUUCCUAUGGAUGAUAUUCCUAAGGAACAAAUUCUUAAGGAAGAAAGUCUUCCUAUGGUUGAUGUUCUAAGUUCAGUUUCUGGUUUCGGGUUUAGGGAGGAAGACUUUGUUCCAAAGGAAAGUGCUCCUGAGUAA